AUGGAGGCGGCGGCGAGUGAUGAGCGACCGUUUUGUGGAGUUUUAGGAUGCCAGACGCACGUGGGCGAUCGUCGAGCGACGUUGAGCGCGGUGUUGGAGGAGUUGCGGCCGGAGAUGCGGCGGGAGCACGCGACGAUUAAGGCGGCGACGCCGGGAUAUUUGUGCGCGGGCGAUUUGCCAGAGGACGUCGUGGAGCGAAUUUUAGGAUUUUUAGACCCGAAGUGCGCGAGCACGCUCGCGUGUACGUGCAGAGGAUUUCGUUCGCGCGUGGAAGAGACGUCACCGGGAUUGGCGUUGACUUUACAUCCGCACCAACGCGCGGCGCUCGGAUGGAUGCGACGGCGCGAACGCGCUCGUCUACCGCCGAUUCUCGAUCCACUUUGGAAGCCAAUCGAUUGCGAGGACGGUCGUGUGCUGUGGCUUCACACUUUAAAGGGGGAGUUAAGCGAUCACCAUCCCGACGUAUACGAAGACUCGCAAGGAGGAAUGCUGUGCGACGAGCCCGGAUUGGGGAAGACGGUGACUGCGCUCGCGCUCGUGCUGGCGCGACGAGGUUGGCGACCUUCACCACCGAUCGGUUACACGGCGCGUAAGAUGGAAUCAUGUUGGUACUACGAAGACACAAACUCCGGUGGUGCGGGCGGAUACGGUUCACCUGCGGUGAUGGCUGCCGUACCGACACUCGACGCCGAAACGCCCGCAAUUACUCCGAUGAAGACAUCUGCCGCGUUCGCGGGAAGUUCUUCGAGAGGUAACUCUUCCGGCCUGAGGCGAAGCAAACGCUCAGCCGGUAACACGCCAGUGGGGUAUUUUGCUUCGGUGUGCAAGAAUGGGUUGGAUGGCACGAUGAGUAGGAGCGCAAAGCGUUCGAAAUUAGAAGAGAAACAAGCGUACGAGGCGUUAGCCGCUGCGACGACGGUGGAAGUUCCAGAUUGGCAGACACGUUUGGAGUGCUCGGCACACAGCGCCCCCAUUGGUUUCAUCGCGCGCACGGGGUUGAAGGAAGAUUCAGCGCGUUUGGCGCGAAACACGUCUUACUUUGAAAGCAUUCUUCGAAACUGCGUCGUGUACGUUGGACGCGCCGCGACGUGCGACGUCGUCGAUUACAUUUUAGAAAACACCGAGGAAGUGUCGCACGCGAUGCCGCUUUCGAUGCCACUCUUUCGCAGAAAUUCGGACCAGCCUCCGAUUUUUCGCGCACUCGGGUUGGAACCGUACACUGGAGUCGGCAAGUUGGAAAACGCGAUUCCGUACGCGCCGCCCGGGUCGGCGACGGAGGACCUCAUCUUAGACAAGCAAGCACUUCACGACGCCAUACGCGUCGUCGAUAACAGAGGGAGUAGCAGCGAGCCGAUGCGUGUCUGGUUAUCGAGCGCGACGUUAAUCAUCAUUCCGAGUGUCCUCAUCGAGCAUUGGUUGCAGCAAAUAUCGUUUUGCACUUGGAACAUCACCGGUGAGGGUGUCCCGCGCGUCGCGGUGCUGGACAAACCACCGAAAGUGGACGGCUUCAGCUCAGUUUACAAGACCGAAGGUAGCUUGGAACCCGUGCACUUGAAUGAUCUGGCGCAUGUCGAUGCGAAAGAUUUAGCAAACGACUUUGACAUUGUCAUCAUGCCCAUCAAUCGACUUUCCACAGAGUUUUCAAAAGUUGAUACGCCGAUUUUACGCAUUCUUUGGCAGCGAGUGAUUUUGGAUGAAGGCCAUCAGCUCGGGGCGUCUUUAGCUGUCACGGCCAAGCUUUCUGUGGCGUGUGCACUGAAGGCACAUGCACGUUGGCUCAUGACAGGAACACCGACGCCGACGACGCUCAAAGGCGCGGGGACGGCACAUUUGCAACCGCUGCUCGGAUUUCUACGUCAGCCUCCUUACGGGACGAGUGCGGGGCUUUGGACUACUGCGGUGCAGCGUCCACUUGAAGGUAGAGACCGUUUCGCUCAGGCGGAUGCCGUUGUGCGUCUCGGUGACGUUCUGCGGCGAUGCAUGGUGAGAACGUGCAAGUCGCACAUCGAGCUGCCGCCGCUCAAGCGCACGACGUCAAUGCUGCAAUUCAGCGAUGUACACGCCGAUUCAUACAAUGAUCUCGUCGCGUUCGUCAAACGUAAUUUACUUUUGGCAGAUUGGGGCGACCCCAACCACACAGAGUCUUUGCUGAAUCCCAAAAACGUUCGAGAAGCGGCAGCGACGGUGACCAACCUCCGCGAAGCCGCGUGUGUCGUCGGCCAGAUGCCGAUCACGUGCUCUUCUGAUGAAUUCGAUGAGACGAUUCUCGCUUUGAUGCAACUUCUAAAAGAGCGAGGUUUUGGCGAUGAAGAACGCAAGGCACGCGUGAGACGCGUCUCGCCCAUGUUGAUGCAGUGCAAAGGGACAUGCGAUUUGUGCUUGCACAAAGUCUUGAUGCCGCUCGUCACUCCUUGCGCGCACAUCUUGUGCUGCGGUUGCGUCAUGCGCGGUCCUCCGAAAGGCAAAACGUUGAAUGGCAAGGACGUCGAAGAUGAGAGAGUGAACGAACCAGAGCUCCCACCGGGGGUGCACCGUGCGCCGCGAGGAUGUCCUGUGUGUGGAUCGGCCUACUUCAUGGAGGAGGACCAUGACAACAACUUGAAUCCAGUGCAAGAAGUUCCGAAGGAUUUGAUCGAGCUUCAGCCAAAGCUCGAACAACACUCGUGGAAAGUCGACGAGAGUCGGGGCGGUGACGGUGUGUACGCGCAGGGUGAAAGUUCUAAAGUGGAUCAUUUGCUCGCCGAACUGCGAAAGAUAGGCGCCGCCGUGAGCGCGGAAAUCGUCAAGCAACAAGACGAUCGUGACGCGUUCUUCGCUCGUGAAGCGAACGGGAUGUCGGAAAACACGCCGGGUUGGAGUGGUCGAUUAAACGCAAACGCACAGGCGCGCGAAGGAACGACGCAACAAGGUAGACGCCGCAAACGUAUGCUGGACGCAGCGACGCCGCUCAGGCUGCGAGACUUCACCCCAACCGCGCCGCCACCGAAAAAGUGCAUCAUCUAUAGCGAUUUUCGUCCACAUUUGGACACGAUUGAUCUAGCACUUUAUGGUGCGCGCGUUCCUCACGAAAGCAUAACGAGAAUCGGGCAAAGUCGAUACGAUCGCGAGCAAGCGCUCAAGAAUUUCAAAAACGAUCCCGACUGCGCCGUUUUGCUUCUAAACCGCGCCGCCGCUGAAGGCUUGGAUCUAUCGUUUGUUUCGUACGUAUUCCUCAUGGAGCCGCUUUCGAAUAUGUCGCUCGAACAGCAGGUCAUUUCGCGAGCGCACCGCAUGGGCCAAAAAGACACCGUCCGCGUGAAAGUUUUCGCCAUGGCGAACACCGCGGAGGAAAUCAUGUUGGACGUACAAUCGGAGCUCGCGCGCAAUGGCACAAAGAUGUCUCUAGAUUCGCUCGACGCGACGACGAGACACGACGUCACAGAAGAUUCUGAAGCUGACGUGGCGCCAACAGUGGUGGCAGAAUCGCUUUCGCGUCGACGCAUUCUCGAACGUCUCGAGCUCGUCCCGUCGAAGAGCUCGGACGAAGCUGCGGCGAGAAAAGCCAAGGCGGUGACUGAUCACUUCGAGCGCAUUCGAAACGGCGGCGACGGGCGCGUGCUUGGAAAUGGAAAGAAGAAAGGCGAAGAAGAAGAGGCGCGCUGGAUGCGCGAGGCACUUGAGGCGAGCGCGCGAGAAUUGGAAGCGCGCGCUAGUGACGGGGGCGUUCUCGGCAUCGGGAGUCCCCAAUCGGGAGUCCCCAAUCGGGAAGAAAUCGCUGAAGACGAUGAAUCCGAGGCGUGGACCAUGCGCGUUCGCGACCCUAACGAUGGAGGCGCUGUGAAAGACUUUACAUUGCCGAAUGCGGGCAAGACGACGGUGAGCGCGAUGCGCGCGCGCAUUUCUUCAAGGAUUGGCGCGAGUAUUGAUGCCUUCGUCGUUCGGUGCGGUUUCCCGCCGCGCGCGCUCACCGACCGUGAUCUCUGCACGCCAAUCGCGCUGCUUGGGAUUCAAGCGAAUGAUUUGAUCAAUCUUCAGGCGGAGAACGCUCCGGAUAUGCAUCAAGCCGACGCGACGAUCGUGACGACCAGGGCGAAACCAAAGUUGACGAAAGCAGCUCGCGCGAAGGCGUUGGAUACGUCUGUUUUGGAUGCCAAGGUGCAGAGACGGCUCAAAACCGUACUCAAGCAAUCCGAGACGAGUACGGAGAUGAUGUUACAAGAUCCAGACGAGGAUCCUCGAGGCGCUGGCGCCGGUGGUGGCGCCGCCGGCGCGAUGUCCAUCGAUCUCCUUCGCGCCGCCGAGGGCGGUAAGCGCGCCGUGAACGACGCUUCGAUUCGUUCGCUUCAGACAGCUUUCCAAGCCAUGGUGGAGGAACGCGCUAAGGAGUCCGAAGGUAACAUGAAAUGUGGUGCCGCGCGUUCCGGUGCCGUCGAAUACUCGACGCUCGCCGACGGUCGAUUGGUGGUAAAAUACGAAGCCGUCGACAUCUCCACCGGACGUCGCCAGAAGAAAACUGACUGCGUUCAGGACAUCCCGGCCGCCAUGCUCCCCAUCGUUCUCGCCCUCGUCGCCGCCGACGCCGACACCAACGCCGCCGCGCGCGCCAAUCUCUCUCCUCCCUCCAUGGCCGUCGCCUCCCCUCGCGUGUUUUGGGCCGUCGUCCGCCACGGCGGCGUCGGACCGCAUCUCUCGUUUCCGGACGCUUUGAAGAAAAUCGCGCCGAAGCUCAAAUUCGAUUGGCACGCCAUCGACGCCCGCGAGCGUCGCGCCAAUCCACGAUACGCCGAUUACGACACGUCUCAUUAG